AUGCCAUCUUCGUCUCAUCCCAGCAAUAAGAUUUCUGCUUCUAAAACAUGUAUAGCAAUUAUGCGCCAAAACAACUCUAAAGCCCUGGGUGAGGUAACUUUUUAUGGAUAUGCCAUAGGGUCACAGAUCAUGAGCCUACCUGCUCAAAAGGCAGAAAAAUGCUGGCCCAGAGCAAAAUUCAUAAGGGCACUAUCAAAAGCGAAACUGCCAGUUCAGCUUAAGGGUAUGGUCCACAGAAAUCCCGAAAAUAUGCCAAUUAACUCAUAA